UCCGCGCUGCCCCGAGCGCCGGCAGCCGCCGCCUGAGGGAGCCGCCGCCUGAGGGAGCCGGCCCGGCCCGGCCCUGCCCCAUGGCUUCCCCGGCGGCGGCGGGGCCCGGAGCCGCGCUGCCCCCGGCCGCGGCGCGCCGAGACUUCUACUGGCUGCGCUCCUUCAUCGCCGGAGGUGUUGCAGGAUGUUGUGCCAAAACAACCACUGCACCACUGGAUCGAGUAAAGAUUUUGCUGCAAGCUCAUAACCACCAUUACAAACAUCUAGGAGUAUUUUCUACGUUGUGUGCUGUCCCCAAAAAGGAAGGGUACCUUGGGCUGUAUAAAGGAAAUGGGGCAAUGAUGAUCAGGAUCUUUCCCUAUGGAGCUAUUCAGUUUAUGGCAUUUGACCAAUAUAAAAAGGUAAUAAAGAAGCAGCUUGGCAUUUCUGGGCACGUGCAUCGGCUGAUGGCUGGAUCCAUGGCAGGUAUUACAGCAGUGAUUUGUACUUACCCUCUUGAUAUGGUUAGAGUUCGCCUGGCGUUCCAAGUAAAAGGGGAACACAAGUACAUGGGAAUUAUCCAUGCAUUCAAGAUGAUUUACACAAAGGAAGGUGGUUUGAGUGGCUUCUACAGAGGGCUGAUGCCAACUGUGGUGGGAAUGGCACCAUAUGCAGGUUUUUCCUUUUUUACCUUUGGUACCUUGAAGAGCAUUGGGCUUGCUCAAGCCCCUCAGCUGCUUGGGCGGCCGUCGCUGGAUAACCCGGAAGUGCUGGUGCUGAGGACUCACGUGAACCUGCUGUGCGGGGGCAUAGCUGGGGCCAUCGCUCAGACCGUGUCGUACCCCCUGGAUGUGACUCGGAGGCGGAUGCAGCUGGGAGCGGUUCUGCCAGACUCUGACAAGUGCCUUACCAUGGUGCAGACACUGAGAUACGUGUACCAGCAGCACGGAGUGCGACGGGGGCUGUACCGGGGGCUCUCCCUGAAUUACAUCCGCUGCAUCCCCUCCCAGGCCGUGGCUUUCACCACCUAUGAACUCAUGAAACAAUUCUUGCACCUCAACUGAUCUUUUGUUUUAGGAGACUUUUCUGUACAACUACACUAUCAAUCCUCAAAUGAUAUUGAUGAAUAAAUGACUUGAAGUUUAACAAAGAAAGCUCUCUGUUACUGCGGACCUGCUGUUGUCUGACAUCUUUAUUUGCCAAAAUGUGGUGAUUUCCUGGAGUCAGAGCCAGGGGACACAUCCACAUAAACAUGAGCUAGCUCUGAACACUUUUUUGCACUUGAUCUUUUAGGCUUCAUUAGAUGAAUUUUAGGAAUGGCACAGUUUUGGAGCUCCAUGUUUUACACAGGUUCCAAGCUGUUAUUUAGCUUUAUCACCAUUCCAGGAGUUACAUGCUGCUGAUUAUGCUGCCUUUGAAGCUAGUAAUUAGGCAUCUGUCCUUUAGAAAUGAAAUGGAAUAAACUGAUUUGAACACAAUGCAAUGGUUUUGGCACUCAGAUCCUUGCCAGGUCUGUGGAAGCUGAGCUUGGCAGAGCACACUUCAGGCAGCCUUUUGUUGUUCUGUGUGCAAGAACAGGAAUUGCUGCCCAGGAAGGGAUCUUCAGCCAUUUCAGCCACAACCAGCAGGAUGGAUUCUGCAGUAUUGGACAGCUUGGAAAUUUUGGUGUACAUUGUAUUCUAAGAAAUGCUGUACUACACAAAUAAGAGUGGGGGGAAAUUCACAGGGAUGAGUUCUAGAGAAGAUCUUGUGGCAGGUGGUGGGGGCUAAUCUCAGAAAGCUUUUCUGUGGAGCUGCAUGUUGUUCAUUUGGUGUGUUCAAGGCUGAGUAUGCUAUGAGUAUGUACUACCCCAGUACUAGCUGGUGGAAACAGGUUUUCCCUCCCUUAAACCACCGUGCCAAAGAAACUGCAUGCUGCUGCAAUUGCUUAUUUAGGCACAGGGCCCACGUGCAACCUCACACAGAAAAGGAAAUGAAGAUUGUGUUGGCCUCUGUAGGUGUGUGUGUGCUGUUUGCUCCUCAAGCAAUGGAUUAUUGCAUGUUGGCCUCCUCCUGUGAUGCCUUUUCUGAAAAGAAUUAUUUUAUACAUGAUUUACAUUGGUACUCUUGAUUUUACUCACUUGAUUCAGGAAACUGUAAAGCAUUUACUUCAUGUAAGUUAUUUAUUUAUUGUAAAUAUUUUAGUGUCUUCUCAGAAUUGGCCAAUGGUGAUGUUAAGUGCUGGAUGGUAAGACUGAUUUGCUUAAUUUUGACAAAUUUAACAAACUGGAUUUUCAGUUAUAUAUUCAAUACCAACUUCUGUGGCUCAAUUUUUCCCCCAGUUUCUUAAAAAUACGAAUUUCUUUGAAAUUGACAGUGUAGCAAUGGACAGAGAAUGAAAUGUAUCUGGAUAUAUUUUAUUAAAAUUUUUGAACCAGU